AUGUCGCUACAAACUAAUGGCGGAAGCAGCGCAUCGUCUUCCCGCCUUCAACAGCGCCGUCCGUCCAGAUCCUCUGCUACAGACUCAACCGAAGCACUCGCCUUUCGCGCACGUCUUGGGUCCAGCUCGCAGCAGCAGCCUUAUGCGUCAUCAUCCCAUGCAAUCGUCGAAGAUGACGAAGAGCCACAAGAGCAGCAUUACAGCAAGCACAAUGACAGUAAAGCUGCGAGCGACGAUGAAACUCCCAUCACGCCUCCCAUCCUCACUGCCACCUACCCGCCCACAGCACAGCGUCGUCCCUCCACCUCGUCAGCGAAUGGAACUGCAUCACUGGUCGACCUUCCGCCUAUGGACAGUGGAUCGGCAGCUUGGCGAUUCGUCGUGUGUGGCUUCGUCAUAUGGUCCAUGGUGUGGGGCAUUGCCUACUCCUACGGAAGCUUUCAGGACUACCACGAGCACAACCCUGAAUCGCCCUUCUAUGGCGAAAGUGUCACCAGCAUCUCAGCCGUGGGAACUUUAGUCAUUGGCUGCCAACACUUUGUCCCUCUUCUGCUCCGAGGCUUCACCACCACCUAUACUCACCUCCACCGCAAGAUGGUCAUGGUCAGCCUGGUGCUCAGUGCCCUCUCUAUCCUCAUCGCCUCCUUCUCCACGUCGAUCGCCAUGCUGAUCGCAUUUCAGGGCGUCUUCUUCGGCAUCACCAGUGGUGUUUUGCUUACGCCCAUCGUUCUCUAUCUAGGACAAUGGUUCGACAAAAAGAGAGGCUUUGCGACGAGUGCUAUCUUUAUGGGUUCCGGAGUAGGCGGUGUCGUCUUUCCUCUGGUGCUCAAUUCGCUUCUUACUUCCAUUGGCUUUGCUUGGACCAUGCGUGUAUGGGCACUUGCUCAGCUCCUCCUUAACGGAACAGCACUCUAUCUCGUCAAGCCUCGCAUUCCGGAUCAUCGUACGUCCAGAAAGCUGCCUGCAUCUUUCAAAGAAGUUGUUCGCCUCGUGGUACCUGGAGACCUGCGACCAUUGCUCACUCCUAUCUCUCUGAUCUACUUCAUCAUCAUCAUGACGCAAGCAUUUGGCUGGUACAUCGUUUCGCUGUACAUCUCGACCUAUGCCACCGCUCUGGGCUUCAGCUCUACCGUCUCGACCGGUCUGCUAUCCGCCUUCAACGCUUCUGCCAUCAUCGGAUACCUCAUCACGGGCCCUGCCAUCGACAAGCUCUCCUUCACGCUUGCAAUGGCUGUUUCCUCGGGCCUGUGUGCAAUGACCGCCUUCCUCCUCUUUGGUUUUGCCACGACGCUAGCCAUCGUGUUGGUCUUUGUCCUCGUAUUUGGAGCGGCAGGCGGAGGCUUUGGCUGCUUCCUCACCCCCAUCGCUAGGGACAUUGCCACGGUGACCAACUCGGACAAUGCCCUUCAGUUCCUCGCGUGGAUGUUCAUCCGUGGCAUUGCUGCCGUAUCGGGCCCGCUCAUUGGAUCGGCCCUGUAUCGCCCCUCGGUGGUGACGCCACAUCCUCAUGCAGGCGAGUACGGGAUCAACGGCUUUCGUGAUCUUAUCCUCUUUGUUGGCGCCUCCAUGCUCGUUGCUUCCGUCGCAGCUCUGGCAGCCUUUGCAUGGCGAAAGCGCGCGUAG